AUGAAGGAAGGAGCGGACUGGGGGUCCUGGGACGCGCCGCUGGGUUUCCUGGAGGGAGCCCAGAUGAGCAACAGGAGCAACAUGUCGUUCCUGCAGCUCUUGAAGAACAUCAACCUGGAGCGAGCCGACGGGAUGCAGGGGGACAGCUCCGACGUGGUGCGGAUCGUCAUCUCGCUGGUGUACUCCGUGGUGUGUGCCCUGGGGCUGGUGGGCAACCUGCUGGUGCUCUACCUGAUGAAGAGCAAACAAGGCUGGAGAAAGUCCUCCAUCAACCUCUUCGUGACCAGCCUGGCAGUGACUGACUUCCAGUUUGUGCUGACCUUGCCGUUCUGGGCGGUGGAGAACGCGCUGGACUUCCACUGGCUCUUCGGCAAGGCCAUGUGUAAGAUUGUGUCCUACGUGACAGCCAUGAACAUGUACGCCAGUGUCUUCUUCCCUAUCCUGGCUUCCCUGCCCCACGCCAUUUUUUCCACCACCGCCACCGUUUUCGAUGACGUGCUCUGCCUCGUCAAGUUCCCCGAGGGCCGAGGCAGCAACGCCCAGUUCUGGCUGGGUCUGUACCACAUCCAGAAGGUGCUGCUGGGCUUCGUGGUGCCGCUGGCCAUCAUCAGCCUCUGCUACUUGCUCCUGGUGCGCUACAUCAGCGACAAACACGUCGGCAGCACCUGCAGCGGCCCCAGCACCAAGCGCCGCUCCAAAGUGACCAAGUCGGUUACCAUUGUGGUGCUGUCUUUCUUCUUGUGCUGGCUACCUAACCAAGCGCUCACAACGUGGGGCAUCCUCAUCAAACUCAACGUGGUGCACUUCAGCACCGAGUACUUCCUCUCCCAAGUCUACCUCUUCCCCAUCAGCGUGUGCCUGGCACACUCCAACAGCUGCCUCAACCCCAUCCUCUACUGCCUGAUGCGCAGGGAGUUCCGCAAGGCGCUGAAGAGCCUCCUCUGGAGGAUCACCUCGCCUUCCCUCACCACCAUGCGCCCUUUCACUGACACCACCAAGCCUGAGCAGGAGGAGCAGGCCCUGCACGCCUUGGUGCCCAUCCACCCCGUCACUGCCUCCCCCCCUGCUGCCACCAUCCAGCCAGAGGUGGCCUAUUACCCCCCCGGGGUGGUGAUGUACAGCAGCCGCCAGGACCUGCUGCCUGCCGGCUCCACGGAGCAGCGCUGCUGA